UUGACAUUACGAAUAAUCUUUACAAUUUACAAACAAUAACGAUGAUUAUCUAGUUUAUGAUAACUAAUUCCUAUUUCAAAAGUGCAUAAGCUCAAUUUAAAGAUAAACGUUUGGUUGAGUAGUCGAUUGCAGCAGUCUAUUUCAAGUAUACGCCCUAUUUUUAUAUUUGAAGAAAAAAUGAAUUCGGAAUUGAAAAUUGAUUCUGGAUUAUGUAUGGGACCUGGAACUCAUAUGGUACCUUUAGAAUUAUUUGAUACAAAUAGGAAAAGACUUGUGGAUAGGCUUAAAACAAAAAAUGCUCCCAAAAACAGUAUUGUACUAUUAGAAGGUGGAAACGAUGUUCCAGUUCAUGAUUCAGACAUAACAUAUUUAUUUCGCCAAGAAUCAUAUUUCAUGUGGGCAUUCGGAAUAACCGAUCCAGGAUGCUAUGGAGCUAUUGAAGUAGAUACAGGUAUUGCUCAUAUCUUCAUUCCAAAAUUCCCUGCAGAAUAUGCAGUAUGGAUGGGAAGAAUUCUAGAGAAAGAUGAAUGGCGUAAUAAAUAUGGAAUUGAGAAUGUACACUAUGUUGAAGAUUUGAAUAAUGUAAUGAAUGAUUUGAAACCAAGUACAAUUCUCACUUUGAAAGGUAUGAAUACCGAUAGUGGAUUAUGUAGUAAGGAAGCAAGUUUCAAGGGAAUUGAAAAUUUCAAUGUGAACAAUACACUUUUAUUUAAUGAAAUUGCGGAUCUAAGAGUAUGUAAGACCAAAUUGGAAAUAGAAGUCCUGAAGUAUGUGAUAGAGAUAUCGUCAGCUGCCCACCGAAAAGUAAUGCGCUAUGUAUCAGUUGGAAAAACUGAAUACCAAUGUGAAUCCGUAUUUUUGCAUUAUUGUUAUGAAGUAGGAGGAUGCAGACACGUUUCAUAUACAUGCAUUUGUGGAACUGGGCAUAAUGCCUCAAUCCUCCAUUAUGGUCAUGCUGGAGCUCCAAAUGACAGAAAGAUUAAAGAAGGAGAUAUGUGCCUUUUUGAUAUGGGAGCCAAUUACUAUGGAUAUGCAUCAGACAUAACCUGCUCAUAUCCAGUGAGCGGAGUAUUUACUGAAGAUCAAAAAACCAUAUAUAAUGCUGUAUUAAAUGCUAAUCUUGCUGUUUUAUCUUCUGCUAAACCUGGGGUCUCUUGGGCAGAUCUUCAUAUUCUUGCUGCAAAAACUCUCUUAGAAGAUUUGAAGAAAGCAGGUAUUGUUAAGGGCAACGUUCAAGAAAUGUUGAAAGACGGGGUUGCAGCAAUUUUUCAACCUCAUGGUCUGGGUCAUCUAAUGGGUUUAGAUGUGCAUGAUGUUGGCGGUUACUUACCCAACAACCCGCCAAGACCAACACAUAUACCAGGUGUUGAUAAAUUAAGAACAGCAAGAAUUUUGGAAGAAAACAUGGUUUUAACUAUAGAGCCUGGAUGUUAUUUCAUUGAUCACUUGUUAGACCAUGCACUGAAAGAUCCUAAUUUAUCCAAAUAUUUUGAAGCUGAUGUUGUGAAUAGAUUCAGAGGUUUUGGCGGUGUUAGAAUUGAAGACGAUGUCCUGAUCACCAAAGAUGGAGCAGUUAAUUUAACAAAAGUUCCAAGAACUGUUGAAGAAAUUGAGAGAUGGAUGGCUGGCAAAGAUGAUGAUAAAUAUUAAAGGAUUAACAACUAUAAUUUCUAUACCAGAUAAGAUAUCAAUGAACUGGCAAUUUACUUCCAACCUAAUCUUAUAUUAUCUAGAUUCUAGAAUUUAUCAAUUUUCAUUAUGAAGAAAAUGAUUAUGCAUAUAUGUGUAUUAUUAUUACGUAUAUUUUAUAUUUAUACAUGAGGUUAGCUUUAAUGGUAUUGGAUGGAUUGAAAAUAUUUGAAUAAAAAACAAAUCCUUA